GGUUUCUUCGCGCAGGAAAUCAUGCAGUUUGCAAUCUGGCUGGUUGGACUAACGUGUCAUCUGUCAGCUCUGGUCCGGGACACUUUGCAAAACCGAUUGCAUCCGAAACAAGAAAGCUUCAUCAAACAGCUGUCAUCGUAUGAAAUCAUCACCCCACUCCGCGUAAAUGACUUCGGAGAAUCCUUCCCCCAUAAAUUGCACUACAGAAGGAGACGGAGAAGUGUAAAUGAUGACCUGUCGGGCUUACGGGUUCACUACAGGAUUGAUGCAUUUGGGGAGCGCUUUCAUCUCAAUCUGACUGCAGACUCUAGCUUCAUCGCUCCCUCUUACACAGUGACACACUUGGGAGCGGAACACAGCAACGCCACGGACUCCCACUCCAUUGACCCGAGCGAUAUGCGACACUGCUUUUUCCGCGGACACGUCAACGCCAGAAGCGAGUACCCGGCAGUCUUCAGUCUGUGCACUGGCCUUAUUGGGACCUUUACAACACAACAUGGAGAGUACUUCUUGGAGCCACUUUUGAAUACUGUGGGGGAGGAAUAUGACGAAGAGCACAACAAACCUCAUCUUCUGUAUCGACAUGAGAGACAGGGGAACGUCUCCAGUAUGGACACCAACACAAAGCCCUGUACUGCCUCAGCGGACUCCAAGAGGCCAGUUGCUAAUGAGAGCAGAAGGAACAUGGGAGAGGACCAGGACUUUCUCAGACACACACUAAAUGAGCAAGUCAUUAAUGAAAAAAACUCCACCAGCACACAUCCCAGAUCCCUACGCAGACGCAAGCGCUUUCUCUCCUACCCCCGAUAUGUUGAACUGAUGGUGACUGCGGAUGCCAAAAUGGUUCGCCACCAUGGACGUAACCUAGAGCACUACAUCCUAACAAUCAUGUCAGUAGUAGCAGCGGUGUACAGGGACCCGAGUGUAGGAAACCUCAUCAACAUCAUGAUUGUCAAGCUAGUCGUCAUCCACAAUGAACAGGAAGGGCCCACAGUGAGCUUCAAUGCUGCUACUACCCUCCACAACUUUUGUGUCUGGCAGCAGAGCCAAAACAUUCAAGAUGACAGCCAUCCCUCUCACCACGACACUGCACUCCUCAUCACCAGGGAAGACAUCUGCCGUGCGAAAGAUAAAUGUGACACCUUAGGGCUUGCAGAGCUGGGGACCAUGUGUGACCCAUACCGGAGCUGCUCCAUCAGUGAGGAAAAUGGAAUUAGUGCCUCCUUCACCAUCGCUCAUGAGCUGGGCCAUGUGUUUAACAUGCCUCAUGAUGACAAUCCAAAGUGUCGGGAGGCCGGCAUGAAGCACCAGUAUCACGUCAUGGCACCCACGCUCAACUAUGACACCAAUCCCUGGUCUUGGUCCAAGUGUAGCCGCAAGUACAUCACUGAGUUUCUAGACACUGGCUAUGGAGAAUGCCUACUGGAUGAACCUGUAGGCCGGACGUAUGAGCUGCCCACUCUUCUCCCUGGUCAAAUCUACAAUGCCAAUAGACAGUGUGAACUAAUGUUUGGACCAGGUUCCCAAAUUUGCCCUUACAUGAAACAGUGCAAAAGGUUGUGGUGUACAAGCGCAGAAGGGGAUCAUAAAGGAUGUCGCACGCAGCACAUGCCACUGGCAGAUGGGACUGACUGUGGACAUGGAAUGUACUGCAGACAUGGGAUGUGUGUAAACAAGGAGUUGGACCUGCAGCCAGUCCAUGGGGAGUGGGGUCCAUGGGGGCCCUACAGUGUUUGUUCUCGGUCCUGUGGUGGAGGGACUCGGAGCACUAUGAGAGACUGCAACAAGCCUGAGCCCAGAAAUGGCGGUAAAUUCUGUGUUGGACGCAGAAUGAAGUUCCGCUCUUGCAACACUGAGCCGUGUCCACGAGGACGGAAAGAUUUUCGUGAAGAGCAAUGUUCUCAAUUUGACGGGAAGCACUUCAACAUCAACGGUCUACCUCCCACCGUCCGCUGGGUCCCCAAGUACAGUGGCAUACUUAUGAAGGAUCGGUGCAAACUCUUUUGCCGUGUUGCCGGCACUAUGGCAUACUAUCAACUGAAGGACCGCGUCAUCGACGGCACACCAUGUGGGCCAGACACUUAUGACAUCUGUGUUCAAGGCCUUUGCAGGCAAGCAGGCUGUGAUCAUGUGCUUAACUCGAAAGCCAGAAAUGACAAGUGCGGGGUGUGUGGUGGGGACAACUCAUCAUGUAAAACCAUGGCUGGGACUUUCAACGACGCUCAGUAUGGUUACAACACAGUUGUGCGGAUCCCUGCUGGAGCCACCAACAUUGACAUCAAGCAGGUCAGCUACUCUGGAAAGCCAGAAGAUGACAACUACCUCGCAUUAUCUGAUAGCCAGUCCAACUUCCUUCUAAAUGGGAACUUUGUGGUGGCCAUGUUCAAAAGGGAAAUCACCUUCAAGGGAACUGUCAUUGAGUACAGUGGAUCGGACACCAAAGUCGAGCGCAUUAACUGCACCGACCGCAUCGAGGAGGAGCUCAUCCUGCAGGUCUUGUGUGUGGGAAACCUCUACAACCCAGAUGUGCGCUAUUCCUUUAACAUACCCAUCGAGGAACAUAGGGAGCAGUUUUUGUGGGAUCCCUCAGGCUCCUGGCUUGAGUGCAACCACAUCUGUCAGGGUGAGCGGAGGCGAAAGGCAGUCUGUGUGCGUAAGAGUGAUCACCUUGAGGUAUCAGACCAACGCUGUGAACAUUUACCUCGUCCUGUUGCUGUUACUGAGCCCUGCAACACUGAUUGUGAAGUCAGGUGGCAUGUUGCUGGAAAGAGUGAAUGUUCAGCCAAAUGUGGACCAGGCUAUCGCAGCCUGGAUGUCCAGUGUAUGAAAUACAGCCUGAUGAAGAGGCAGAGUGACAGAGUCGAGGCCAGUGCCUGUGCAGAUGUUUCCAAACCUCAAACCAGAGAGUCCUGUCAUGGAGACUGUCUACUUAAGAGCUGGCAGUACAGCGCCUGGUCACAGUGCUCUAAGACAUGUGGACGUGGGAGCCGGAGCAGAGAGUCUUACUGUAUGAACAACCUGGGUCGGCGUCUGGUGGACAGGGAAUGCAAUGAUUACCAGAGAGUGGUCACUGAAGCCUGUAAUGAACAGCCGUGUCCGAAGUGGACGGUCAGUGAGUGGAGUGAGUGCCUGGUGACUUGUGGGAAAGGGAUGAGGCACAGGCAAGUCUCCUGCACCAUGGCAGCAGGGGAGGAGAAGCUGAGUGAGCACUUUUGUGACCCAUCCAGCAAACCCCCUAGUGUGGGGAGCUGCGAGCUGCCCGAGUGUGCAUCCUGGCAGGUCGGCGUUUGGGGAGCGUGUGCAGUGACCUGUGGCCAUGGCUACCAGAUGAGAGCUGUGAGGUGUGUGUCUGGAAACUAUGGUGACACAGUAGAUGACAGGGAGUGCAAUGCUGCUGCGAGGCCCCGAGACAGUCAGGACUGUGAGAUGUCUGCGUGUCCAUGGGCCUCUCCAGCACAAAGCACACCUCAUCCGGACAACUCUGCUCAGCUCCUGACUCAGUGGAGAUACGGAUCAUGGACUGCUUGCUCAGUGUCCUGUGGCAAGGGGAAACGGGCCCGUUAUGUCAGCUGCAGAGAUGCCCAGGGAGGAGUUGCUGAUGAAUCAUACUGUGCACACCUGCCCCGCCCCCCAGAGUCCUCUUCCUGCUUCAGCCCCUGUGGCCAGUGGCGUGCUGGGGAGUGGUCUCCUUGUUCAGUGACAUGUGGCACGGGGAGAACCACCAGACAGGUGGUCUGCUCAAACUACCACCAGCCAGUCGACCACUCUUUCUGUGACCCGGAUGAGAGGCCCGCAACAGAACAGGAGUGUACCGCUGUACCCUGCUCGUCUAUCUAUCAUCGCCAACGCAUCAACGACCAGCCUUAUGGAUAUCCCCAGGACCCAGGUCGCCAUCCUGGUCACAGCAGUUGGAACGUUCCCUCAGCAGAUAACCAGUGGAGGACCGGACCGUGGGGCGCAUGUUCCAGUACCUGCGCAGGAGGCUUUCAGAGGCGAGUGGUGGUCUGUCAGGACGCUGACGGUCGUAGUAACAGUUACUGUGAUGAGAGGGUCAAACCUGCCGAGUCUAAGAGCUGCGACUCUGGGCCUUGCCCUCUGUGGAAUUAUGGUGUCUGGGGAGAGUGCACCCAAACAUGUGGUGGAGGAAGGAGAACUCGCCUGGUGGUUUGUCAAAGGCCCAAUGGACAGAGGCUCAAUGAAUACAACUGUGAUAUACUGGACAAGCCGCCAGACAUGGAGCAAUGCAACCUGCAGCCAUGCCCAGGCUCCGCCUCCUGGCACCGCAGACCGUGGAAGCCGUGUUCAGUGAGUUGUGGUCAAGGGAUGAAGCAGCGGGAGAUAGCCUGUGUUUAUCAAAACCAAACCAAAAUAGAGGAGGAGCACUGCAUGCAUCUACCUCGGCCGCGGACACAGAAGUCCUGUCGGGCACGGAGAUGCCCCAGUUGGAAGGCCAACAAGUGGACAGAGUGUUCUGUCACUUGUGGAGUUGGAGUGCAGAAGAGAGACGUGUACUGCAGGCUAAAAGGCACAGGACGCGUCAGGGAGGAUCUAUGUGACGCUCACACACGUCCUGCUGUUGUUCAUCCAUGCCAAACAACAGAAUGCACACAUUAUACAUGGGUUGCUGGUGAAUGGGAAGAAUGUAAUGCAACCUGUGGAGAAGGUAUGAGAAACAGGAAGGUGGGCUGUAUGGGCCCCGGGAUGACAGCAGUUCAGGAUGAUUACUGUGAACCAUCAUCUCAGCCUCCAUCACAAGAGCCGUGCAAAGGAGCACCAUGCCACUACAUGUGGAUGACAGGGGAAUGGUCACAGUGCUCUGCCAGUUGCGGUGUUGGCUAUCAGCAGCGUUUUGUCUCCUGCUCCAUGAUGCCGUCCUCCCAGGCUCCACGCUCGUAUGGCGCCCAUUCCUCCACUAGCAGCACCCACUGCCCGGAGCCCCACCCUCCUGGCACCCGCUCAUGUCUCCUCAGGGACUGCCCACACACAGCCUACUGGAAAGUUGGCCCAUGGAGCAAGUGCUCACAGACCUGUGGAGCAGGAGUGAUGGAGCGAAGAGUGGAGUGUGUAACCUCCAAAGGCCACUCGUCCAAACACUGCCGUCCGACAGACAGACCUGAGUCCCAAGCUGCAUGUCAAGACAGAGAAUGCCAGCUGUUCAGUUCCUGCCGAGAAGUCCAGAUGAGACAGGGAGUGAGGAUGGAUGGGGAGUACUAUCUCAAAGUUAAGUCCCGGAUCCUACAGAUUUAUUGUGCUGAGAUGCAGACUGAUUUCCCAAAGGAAUAUGUGACCUUGCGCAGCGGUCAGACAGACAACUUCUCAGAGGUGUAUGGACACAGGUUGCUGAACCCUUUUGAAUGCCCGUACAAUGGCAGCCGGAGACAGGAUUGCGACUGUAGAAAUGACUAUUCAGCAGCGGGUUAUACACUGUUCCAUAAAGUUCGUCUGGAUCUGAGCUCCCUGAGGAUAAUGAUCACGGACCUCCAGUUUUCCCAGACCCUUCUUGGUCGACCUGUGCCAUUUGCUACAGCAGGAGAUUGUUACAGCGCCGCCAAGUGUCCGCAAGGCCAGUUCAGCAUUAAUCUGAUCGGAACUGGCCUCAAAGUAGCUGAGGCCACAAAGUGGACGUCGCAGGGCAACUACGUUUCAGUCAAAGUCCACAGAUCUGAGGACGGAACAAGAAUCUACGGCCGCUGUGGUGGUUUCUGUGGGAAGUGCAUUCCCCAGGCUCACAACGGCCUACUCCUUCAAGUCCACUGAGGGCCAUGCAGAGACCAAACCCCUAAAUCUAUACUGAACACGGUCACCCAGGAACACGCAAUUAUCCUGAUUUGUUGGACCCUGAAGUCGUCUGUGAAGUUGAUGGAGGACCGUCUAACUGUAAUCACCCUACACCAGUUCCCAAAUGGCAGCUAAAACAUACAAGACAUCUUGUACUGUGCCGUACUACAGGGCCACUGUUAGGGCCUUCAUUCAAGCUGCUACUCUGAGGAGGAGCCAACUAUAUUUUCUUGGCUGCAGUGUUGCAACUGAUAUGAAACAUUGGAAUCUAAAAUGCUUUUUUUCCACUGUCUGACACUGUCAUGCAUUGUUUAGCAUUGCACCAAGGGAUACAAUACAUCAAAACACUGGGAAAACAACUACACUGUCGGUAGAGGAACAUGACUGCAACUUUUCUGUGAAGUUAUAUCUGUUCUGAUGGUAAAAAAAUACUCUCUAGAAUGUGACGAUGAAUAACCUUGAACUCAUCUUUUAUACCUACAAACUAGACACUGUACUUAGUAUUACUUAGUCACCCCUUGUCUUGUCUUAUAACCUUGCAAUUAACUCAUAAAGACCCAAACAUCUACUGGCGACCAAAAUCAUUUACUGAUCUAAA